GAUCAUAAUUCAUUAGAAGACAGCAAAGGAAUUCGAUACUAUAAUCAUAAUUUUAAUUCACAAAUUGACAAAUUUGAAUUAAUAGACUAUAGAAUUGAGAAUAAUAAACAUGUUGAUAUGAUUGUAUAUCCUGACGUUAAAAGAAAAUUAGAAAAUAGAUCACAUAGAACUAAAAGAAAAAAAAUACAAUUUAAAGGUUAUAAAGAAAGAAAAAUUGAUUAU